AAAGAUAUUCAUUCUAAUAAACUAUUUUCUAAUUAUGUUACAUCAUUAAUUUAUUUCAGUAAUAAUGAUGUAAUUAUUUUUAAAGAAAAAUAUUAUUUGGAAAUCAAUUUGUAUAUUGUAGAAUCAUUUAAAUUAAAUUAAAAAAAAAGAAUAAAUGAAUUAUUUAUAUAUAAAUAAUUGUCCAUUCAAUGCAUUUACAAUAACAACAUUAUUCAGAGUGAUUAAUAUUUUUUUAAUACAAUAUCUAAUAAUUGCUCGUAAACAAUGCUUUAAUUUAGAACAUGAAUUAGAUUAUUGUUCUAGAAAGCAUAAAGUUCAUAUACCAACAAGUCAAUUAUCUGGUUAUAGUUUUGGUUAUGGUUCAUUAAAUGAUACAGAAUAUAUGUGCCGUACUCGAUGGCACAUAUUAGUAUUUCACUGUAUGAGGAAAAGAGCAGAAGAAUCAUGUAAUCAUUCCGAUGAGGAGAAAUUUCGACAAAUUAUAUGGUCCAUUUCUCUAGAUACAAGAAAAUUUGAAAAAGCUGCUGCAUAUAUAUGUCAUGAACAUAAUUUGAGAAUUUUACGUGAACAUCAGUAUAGAUGUUUAAAACAACAAGAGAAAUUAGCUGAACAAUGUGCAGUUCAUAGAAAUGAAACAAUUAAAGAAGUUGUAUUAGCAUUACAUAAUCAAUCUAGUCGAUUAUUAUCUAGUCCUAAUGAAUAUUAUUCUAUCAUUAAACACACAUUAACAUCAUAUGAAUGCAAAUCUCUACGAACAAAAUUAGAUUGUUUAUAUAAUAUAUUACAUAAUGCAUGUCCAUCCAAUGCAGUACGUUUAAUAAUGAAUUAUUUUAAAGAGACAUUACCGGAUGGUUGUACAUUUAAUUAUGAAACAAGAUUAUCUAAACAUUUAGAAUCAUUACAAAUGACUAAUUUAAUUAAUAAUGAUGAAAAUAUAGAUGAAAUGAAUAUAAGAAAACAAACUAUUAUAAAUAAUUUAAAUCAGAUUCAAGCAAGUCCAAUUAAAUCUGUAAAAAAUUAUGCUUAUUUAAUAAAUUAUAAUUAUUUAACUAUAACACUUAUUAUCUAUAUAUUAAUAUGUAUUCACUAUUGA